CCUCAAUGAUCUCCCAUUUGCCACCGUCAUCAAUCCCUUGCCGGGUGUUUCCCUACCCGUCUGCCCGUUUCUUGCUCUUCCUCCGACUACUUAUAUACACAGUACAACUUCUAUUCUACCCCCACGAUAACCUUUCAAAAGCGGAAAGCCACCCCCUGAUCACCGCUGCCGCUCCUCAGCUACGCAGGCCUUGUUCUCCUUUGCUUGUCCCCGGCCACCCACACCUAUGUAAGCAGUUUACAUGGUUGGAAACAACAACAUCCAUACAUUGUUUAAGGUUCCCGUGAUACGACACGGGAUUUGAACUACCUACUUAUCUCCCUAGCUUACCUUUGCUAUGGCGGGGAGAUAUCCAUAUUUCUUUUUUUCUAGGCGAGAUGUCUGUAAAAAUCGUAGUAAGCAGGCGCACCCGCUAGAGGUACCCUCUAAUUUGGAAACCCACUGUGUAUUCCCGCUUCUUAUCUCUGCUCUAUGAUUUACUAUACCCCAGGAAUGAUGACGACGUAGUCUCAACAGCCUAUCAUAUGUUUCGGAUUGACCACGAGGAUGAUCUACACCUCUGCAUGGAUAUAACUUGUUAGCUUGGUACGUUGAUCCUACAAGAAACAGGAGCCAAAUAAAGGACAACCCAGAUAUUUCUU